CUACAUUCUUUCGUCGAAGUAAAAUUUUUUGCAAAUUCUAUUUUCAUAUUUUUGAAUAAAGCAUUUCUUAAAGUGCAAUAGAGCGAUUUUUAUUGUUGGAGUGCAACAGACGAAUUCACUGCAGCCCAACUCUAUUUUUAGAUAUAAAGAGCUUAAUUGCUCUUAGCAAAUAAUCCUACAGCUGCGUCACAAGUUCCAAUGUCGGCGUCACAACGCGGCCGCGGCAUGAGCAAACAAAUUAAUAUCAACGCUCACAAUUAGAAAUAGAGCACGCAAAACAAGUGGAAAAACGGAUCUAAUCUGGACUGAAUGUACAGUAGCUGAUCCAUGAGGCAUUGCUGUCAUGUCUAGUUCGGUAUUUAGCGAGCCGCCCAAUGCCCGGCCAAAUGGAGCCGAUGGAGAUUCCAACCUGGUCGUGGUAUACACCAAAAAUGGCAUCUCAUUUGACGAGCGUGCCAUUGAGAAUAUUAUGGAGGAAAAAUCAAUUGCGAGUAUUAGUGUUGUGCGGCUUACAUCGCCUACGCCAAGCAUGGUCGAUCAAGAAGAAACCGAACGUCUGGAAGAGCUGGAGCGUUUUCUUGAAGCGACAACUGAUCGCGAAGAAUCGGAAACAGAUAAUGAUAGCCAAAGCGGUGGUGAUGAGCUGAUAAGUGAAAAGGAUCAUGUUACCGGCGAUGAUAAUGACAACACCGGUUGCGAAAAUAAUGAUGACUCCACGGAAACCGAAGCCGAGGUACCUAAGGUUAAAAAGCGCCCCGGCCGCAAGCCCAAAGCCCCCAAAAAGCAGAAAAAGCGUCGAAAACCUAAAGAACGCCCACAAAUUGUGGGGCUCAGUGUCGAACAGUUCUACGCGGAGAAUUCUGCCGAUUUGGUGGUGAAAAAUGCUCUGAAGUUGGCUGGCUUAUCUAUAUUCAAGCGCACGCCGGAGACAGAUGCUUUGUUAGAGAUCAUUCGAAACGAUCACAACUACACUCCAUUCACGUCGCCCGAACAAAUGAAGGCACAGAAGACGGCAGAAAGAAUGGCUUUGGAAAGGCAAACAGUCCAAGGACGCAAAUUUAUCGUUCACACCCAAUCCAAUGUCAAAAUGUUGAGCGCUAAAAAGCGAUUCCAAGUGGUGCCUAUUAAGCAGGUACAUACCACAACGCAGCAACCACUCAGGCAACAACAUUUACCUCCUAAGCCACCACAGCAGCAGCAAAGACAACCGCAGCAGCUUCUGAAGCAACCACCGCAGCUGCACAGGCAGCAGGUACACAACCAGCUGCAGCAGCCGCCAGCAUCCAAACAGCAGCAGAUAAUUUUACCGGGGCCACGGCCAGUUCGUAAUACUGUCAAAGUGAUAAGUCCUGCGGAGGACUUUGUAGAGGAUGACGAAGAUGCAAACAGCUCGGCAACUGCUGACGAGGAGAAUGCCGAUACCGAGGAACAUAGCGAGCCGAGUGACGCUUCCCGUGAAACUGACAACGAUCGAGACAGUGAUAUUGAUUUCAAAAUGAACAACAGCCGUAGCACGAACAAACGUAGGCGCAUUAAGAAGUUUUCCAGGCGAUCCCAUUCGCAGUCUGCGCGUGGACAAACAGUGCAUACACCAAAGGUGCAACAACAACAACAGCAACCAGCACAAAGUUCAGUUCCACAUUUCAAGCGGCGCAAAGAGCAGACGGAUAUCAAUUUGUCUGCACCAGCAAUUGGCCAGAUUGUUCAGCUCAAUACAAAAGCGCCUCCAUCAGUAAUUGCCUUGGGUCGUAACAUAUUGAGCACAUCAUUUCUUAAAAUGCGCCCAACCCACAAAUCUCUGCCCACAACCACUUCAUUACCGAAUGAGGCAAACAGAAUGUCGGCCUCCGCAGUCGCCGCUAAGAUGCGGAGAGCACCAUUUGUGCAAGUUGGUCGUGUGGUGAAUGUGCCACCGGGCGGGUUUGUGACCCCGCCGCAAGAGGUUAAAGAGAUUAUUAUAAAUAAGAAUCUGUCAAGCCCCAAGGGUGUAUUCACAAAUCUAAACAGUCUACUGGCUGAGAAUAACAAUACGGCGAUGCUGACAUCAACACCGGAUAACAGCAAACAGAUCCUUUUAAAUACCCCCAGCACUCCCAAGUCCAGUAUGAAUCCGCUGCCAACGCCGGCGCCGAUAACUAAGGGCUUUAUGCCCAUUGGCGUGGAGACGGCAACCUCUCACAAGUUACCCGCACAGAUUGUUAUCGAAACGCAUCAGAGCUCCUCGGAGCUGGCUGCCGAAAAUGACAAACAACUUGAUCUCAUUGACUCUAUUGUGCAGGAUGAGCUGUUGAAGGCAUCUUUAGUCGAAAAACCGCCUGCCACGGCCGAUGAGAACAUACCCAAACUAGUUAAAAUGCUAGAGAGCACCGCCGCGUGUCUGGAUCAAGUACCCGAACCAACAAUGAAUGCGCUCAAUGUCCCACAACAACAGAGUUUUGAUGGUAGUCUGGUAGCAAAUGCUGUUGUGGAUAACAUUGAUAUAACCAGCGCACGUUUGCUGGAAACUCCAGACGAGGAUGAAAUCACCGCGGAUUUCCUUCAACAUGUUGUGGGCCUCAUAGAGGAGGACAAACAAUUUGAAGCCGAGGUGGUCAAACAGGUGCUGGCCAGCACUGAGACGGGUGGUCUAGAUGCAAUUGCAAAUGUUGUUGCGCCGCCAAUCUUCGAUGUUGUCAGCCAGUUGCCAACAAUUUCUCAGCCGCUGCUCAAUGAUUUUCCCGCCAAUGUUGUAACAAGUUCUUUGACCAAUUUGCCCAUGGCGUGCAGCACUCCCGCUCGCUCCACUGGAACGUUAACGUUGUCAUCCCGCCCUGAGACGAAAAUUGUGCGAGGCAAUGGACGUGUCAUUUAUCUCCCACCCAUUGAGGCGCCCACGACGCGCGCCAAGCGUCGAGCUCAGAACUUUCCCGUGACAGUGACAACAAUGUCAGACAUUAGUAGCACGUCGCUUACAGAACCAAACCUGGAUAGCAGCCACUUGACCAGCAGCAGCUUAGAUAGUGACAGCUUUUCGUCACAAAUUGGUGGCGUAGCUAGAAAACAGCUGCCCAGAGAAUCCGCUGGGAGCGUCAGGCGGCCUAGAAGAUCAAACAAGCCGAAUAUUAGCAGCGAAGUUAAUGAUCCGGAAGCCUCGGAAUCUCAAGAGGACGAUGAUGAUCCCAAUAAGCUAUGGUGUAUCUGUCGUCAGCCACACAAUAAUCGAUUUAUGAUAUGCUGUGAUCUCUGCGAGGAUUGGUACCAUGGAACGUGUGUUAGUGUGACAAAGGCCAUGGGCCUGGAAAUGGAGCAAAAGGGCAUUGACUGGAAGUGUCCCAAGUGCGUUAAAAAACAGGAGGAGAAGAGUCAACCACGCAUCACGGACAUGUUGUUACCCAAGCAAAUUAUGGAGCCAGCCGAGUGCGUGGCGUUAUCUAAGCAACCAAACGAAACCAGUGGAACUGUUGAACUUCAGCAGCUUACGCCCAAGCCAUCUCCGCCAGGUUCCGGAGUAUCGAUGGCAUCGAUACCCAUAAGCUCAAGUAGCCCGCUUGUGAAGCAACAAAAACGGCAGCUGCUCAACAAGCCCCAGCCGAGAAUGCAUCAACAGCAACUGCAUUUCAUCAAACUUGGCGGAAGCAGCUUCACAUCCCAUACGGACGUAACCUGCGUGGUAUGCAAGCGUCCAGCGCGCGUCAAUUCGGUUUAUUGCAGUGACGAAUGCAUUCGCAAAUAUGCACAGACCGCAAUUCAGGCACAGACUGUACCGAAGACGCCGGAGCCGACGCAGCCACCAGAUGCUCCGCAACCACCGCUAGGAAACGCACCCGAAGCCAAAAAGAACAAAAAGAAGGAUCUGUUUGAGGAUGUGCUGCGCCAGGCAGAUUCCAUGUCGAAGGUUGAGCGGAUCAAUGUCUUUGAGCGCCGAAGCGGGCGUGCUAUUACGGGUCACUUAGCGCCCAGCGCUCAGCAACUAAAGAAAUGGCUGCAGGAUAAUCCCAGCUUUGAAGUAGUGCAGCCUGGCAGUCAGCAGGCGCAGGAAAUAGAGAAACGUCAAAACAAACGGCAGCUAGAGCACUCUACACCAGAGAUUAUCACAGUAAAAUCUUCUAUGUCGUUGCCAACACAAACGCCACAUGAAACUCCGAACAGAUCCUUACAGAUGCUAACAGCUGUGCCCAACAUGGCAAAAAGGGAGAAGCCUGCCGGCAAGGCGACAACUACGCCUAGCCGAUCACCCGAAAAGAGCAGCACGGAAAGACCUGUGAGUAAUUCCCAGCCUGAACCCAUACGUUUCAAUGUACGACGCACGCUUAAGGAGCAAUUGCUGUCGCGCAUAAGGGAGGCGCAGGCGGCAGAGUUGCCAACAGAAAAGUCCGAUUGGCUAACUGCGGCGGAGGUGGAAAACUUUGUGAAGCGAGUGGAGUCGGAAAUGUAUCAUUCGUUUGGGCGAGAUGUGAGCGCUAAGUACAAGUCUAAAUAUCGAUCCCUCAUGUUUAACAUCAAGGACCGUAAAAACAAGACGUUGUUCGAGAAGAUAUGUGCCAAGCAAGUAGAGCCCAAGCAACUGGUUAGAAUGACACCGGCUGAGUUAGCUAGCCAAGAGCUGGCCAAGUGGCGUGAGGAGGAAAAUCGACAUCAAUUGGAUAUGAUCAAAAAGUCCGAGCUAGAUUUAUUGUCAUGUGCACAAAACUACGUGGUAAAAACGCACAAAGGUGAGGAGGUAAUCGAAUCCAAGGUGGAUGUAACACUGCCAGAAGAGGAGUCAGAGUUGGAAGCGAACAAAUCUAAGUUGGAUAGUUACGACAGCAAAAAAUCAUCUCAAUCUAUUAUGGACACCUCGCCCGCCACAGAAGUUAACAGUAAAGAGAAGUCCUCCAGGGCGCGGGAAAAGGAGCGCAGCCGUGACCGUGACAGAGACAAGCGGCAUAGGAGUCACAAGCAUCAUCAUCACCAAAGUGGUAACAAAAGAAGCCGCAGCCGGUCAAGCAGCAGAGGCCGCAGUCAAGAAAAGCGCAGCCACAAAAGGCACCAUCAGGAGCAUGAACUGGAUAAAGAAAAAGAGCAGCCAACACGGGACAGGCAAUCAAGUAAGGAGCACGCCGAAAAACUCCAAUCCCCGCUGCACAAGAAACCAAAUGACAAGAAAGCAGAACCCCCCUUAGUAGCUUUUAAUUUGAUUGAUCAAAUUCUGGAUUCGGAGAAAACGGUGGAAGAGGCCGCAAAUUUGACACAGCCCGCCAAACAAAUGUUAAAAUCGUUGCCCGUAGUCACAAAAACAAUAGCCAAAAUUGAUGUGCCAACACCUGGUUUGGAUAGAUACGCUCGCUAUGUACAGGGCCUGUCCAACCCGGCAAUUUGGACUGGCAAUUUAAAUAUGGUGGAUGUCACCAAUUUUGAUGUGGUCAUUCACUCCGUACACGGGGAUACAAAUCAACUGGAUAAGCUGCUGCCCAUCAAUUUGGAUGUUAUUGGUCGCAUAACGCGUGUGAAUGUCUGGGAAUAUCUCAAAAAGAUCAAGAAGAGUCCCACCAAGGAGAUUGUUAUUGUCAGUUUGUUUCCUGCCAGCGUCUCAAACACUGUUAGAUUUGACAACUUCUUCGAAUACCUUGACUCACGACAGCGUCUUGGUGUUUUGGGUGCCGACUCGGAAUAUAUUCGAGACUUUUAUAUAUUCCCCUUGGGCACCCGUGAUAAGUUGCCCACAGUGCUACACACAUUAGACAGUGUUCCCUUCUACGAGGACACGCAACGGCCAAACACGCUGCUCGGCAUAAUUGUGCGUUGCCUGAGCAAACGUUUGGUUAACUUGAGCCAGACGCUGCCCAUACCAUUACCCACUGCCAGCAACAAAACUGCAAAGAGUUCAAGCAAAGCACGCGUUAGAACAACGUUCACGCCUCCGAGCAGUCCGAAGCGCAAGCAUAGCACGCACUCGACCAGCUCUAAGGAUGACGAGUUCGAUAUUGAUGCCAUUAUCAAAGCGCCUAUUGCCAAGCUGCAAAAGUCAAACGUUUCGGCAGAAGCGCGGGCUAGCAUAGAUGAUCCGAAUGCGCCAUAUUCGCCCGGUGGCAGCUCUGACGACAAUGAUGAUUUGCCCACAUCGGCUUCAGGCAAUAAGAAUGACCUGGAGCGCAAAGUAAAUGAAAUUAAUAAGCAAAUCGCUGCGCAACGCAUGGAAAUAGCCGGCCUCUUAAAUGUAGAGCCAUCUAUUCUAGACAAACCCUCGUCAUCAUCCAAUGUGCUAGCCAGUAUAUCAAUACCGCCUAAUCUGACCAAGAUUUUGGCUAGCUUAAAGGAGAAGAGUGAGUCGCAAGCUAGACCAAAGUCAAGCGAUGAUGAGGAGUACAAUCCAGAAGAUGCAAUCACGUCAAACAGCUCCUACGGCAUGGCUACUAAAAGUGCAGAGGGUGCGACAAGGGCUAAAAGUCGCUUGGCGCAGCUAAGUGAAGCAGAGCUUCUUAGUAUGGUGCCGGAUAAUAUGGUGGAUCUAACGCCGACAAAUUCUGCCAGAAACGAUGAGCCCCCACCGCCUGGUGUUUAGGCUAAGGCUAAGCGCAGUACGGUUAUAAUAAUCAUAAUUUAGAAUUUACGUGUGUACUUGACUAGCUUUGAUCUACCUAAUCUUAGUUUUGAAUGGAAUUCAAUUUAUAAAUAUCCUUUGAUUUUCGCCUAUCAUUAUGUACAUUCACGUUCAACGAAUUGAAUACCAUUUCUGUAUUAUACCCAGCAAUCGAAACAAUUGAAAAGAUGUCCGUGUUUGGAUACACUUGGUUUAUCUUUUUAUUAAACACACAAAUUUGGAAAUUGUAGGGUUUCCUUGAGAUAUACCAACUAACCUUCUAAGUUCUUGUACAUUUUACUUAAAUACAAAUAAAAAAUUGCUAUGUAACAUUUCUAA